AUGUUCUGGGCCAGAGAAGAAGAAGAGAACUCGCUGAUUCGAUUGCUCAAAACUGACAACUUCACACUAGAAGAUGUCUUGCUCAACGAGUUCGUUGUUCAAGAAUCGCGGUACGGAAAAGCCGAGCUGGUGAAGUACAUCACAAGCAGGGAAAACAUGAAAGCUCUCUUGGAACUCAGUCUGAAUCCCGUUAUCAAUCCUGAUCUCCCAAUGAAGCAACAAUACAGACUUUCCUUCAUUGCGUCCGAAAUCCUCACCAUACGCGGUACUGAUGUCUUUCAAAGGUUGAUUGUGACGACGGAAGAAACAAAAAAGUGUCUGUUAGACUUUUUAAACGAUAAAGCUCCACUGAAUCACCUGGUUGCUGGAUUCUUCGCAAAAAUCAUGGAGUGCCUCUUGUCGCGACAUUUCGUUUUGACAUUCGAUCUCCUCAAAGGUACUCCAUUUUUCGAAAAGUGUCUCCAAAACAUCAAUCUUGGUGCUAUUGAGUGUCUUUUGGAAAAUUUAGUGAGAAUUCCAAAUACCAGUGAAGGAACAAAAACCGUGAAGAAGUGGAUGAUCUCAGAGAAUUUAUUUGAAAAAAUAGUCGAUCAGAUGAGAGAUGCUACAAAUGAUGAUGAUAGAGAGUGUCUCGCGGAAGUAUACUGUGAAAUUCUACGCGAGCUUCGUGAUAAACUCUACAUGCUUGAAUGUAAAGAAGACGAGUUGCAUGACAAGGCCAUGGAUGAAAAUCUGAUCGCAAAAAUCGCUGAUAAUCUUAUUGUUGAGGAGGACAUCUCUGCGGAAGAUCUCGUCAAGAAGUCUUCUCUUAUUUCUUCUUCAGCUAGAAUUUUGGAAGCAUUCAUCAAAACAAACUAUGUGGCAGAUGCCCCAGCUCAACAUCUUGAAGAAGUCGAAAGAAAUCUGAUUGAGGAACGACAUUAUUCGUAUGGAUUGAUGCGUCCGUGUAAUGAUAAUGAUGCAUACGAACAUUCUUAUCAGCCAGAUCCUGAGAGGAUCGUUGAGGGUAUUGUGUCUAACAGAGUUUUCAAUAUUCUUCAAACAAUUCUGAGAGACAUUGAGGCAAAUGGUUCGUUGUGGCAGCCACUCCUUCGACUAGUGAUCGAACUGUGCAAUACCAAUCACUUGCCAACUCACGAAAAACUUGUCUGCGCCUUUCGGCAACUUCCAUUCAUAAAGCUGAUCGACGCUGCGAAGAAGUUACCGCGUGCUGGAGUACUUCAUUCCCUACUCGUCAAAGUUGUCAACUUGUUGCUCCAUUCUGUUUUCCCUUCUAAUGAGCUGUCGCCAGCUGCAGAGUAUUUGCUCACCGAAGGAGGCCUUAUUAAAAAUGUCUACGACACUGCGACCUCCUUCCAUACAUCUGGUGACUUGAUAGCUUGCAGUGGUCUUCGGUCGUUCAAUCAAAAUCUUGGUGAUGUUAUCAAUCGUGCCAAGAAACGUGCGGUACCAAAUCCAGGACUAGUAGCCAUUUUGAAGGCUGAUAAACGAUGGACAGAACUCGAAGACAUCGUGCUAAACUACAACACAAAGCAUAGACCACAGUUACAACAUGAUUUCAACGAUUCUAGCGUGCUGUCUUCAAUCAAAAAUGAUAGUCAUGGUUUCAACGACAGUGAAGAGUGGACUGAUGCUUCUGCAAAGUUUGCGGAAAUGGAUGCUUCUUCGUCGGCAAACCGAGCAUUUACAGGUUUUGGAUCACCAUUCGAAGCUGAUUUGAAUCGGUUUUCUGAGUUUGAAGGUCAAUUCGAAACUCCAGAUGAAGACGAGUUCAAAAAAUUGUGCUCUGAGCGAGCCAACUCAUCUACAUGCUCCGGAUCCCAACAAGGUUUCGAAACUAGUCACAUACAAUGGCCAGGAGAGCAAGAAAAAGAAGAGGAAAAGCAGACGGCAGAAACUGUAAUCGAGCCCAGUACGUAUCCGCAAGAAACUGAGGGGAGCGAAUCUAUUGUAGAACAGGAUGAUGAGUGGGUUUGGCCAACUGAGCCACCACUUGGGGAAACCGAAGUAAUCACUCAGGCUGGACCCCGUCCAGAAACCAACUGGGUUGAUGAUUCGGCUCCCGACUUUUCGUACUUAGGUAAAUCUCCACCAGCUCAAGAAGAUAUGUGGGCUGACUUUUCAUCUUUCCCAACUGUCAGUCCCUCCACAUCCACUGCGGUAGUUGCUCCAGUUGUCAAUAAUGUGGCGUCCGCAUGGCCUGGAGCUGACACACCUGAACAAGGAGAGUCUUCCGACUGGCCUCUCAGUAGCUCACAUGAUUCUAAACCAUCUGAUCCUGCGACCCUCGGACUUGCUGCCAGCAUUUCUCAUCCCGAAGACAGUAGCGAAGCCUAG